GAGGCUGGCGGGGGCUGCGCCGCCGCGGGGGAGGCACCCGGGGACGGAUUCACCGCGCUGCGUUCACAGCUGCAAACACGACGGGUUUGGUACGAGGUGUAAGCGUUCCGGCAGUAGUUCUUCUGUAGCAGUAGACUUGACCCGGCUCGUCGCUGGAAGGAGUUUUGCUGGUGGUAUUACUGGAAGAAGGCAUUCGCAUAUGUUAUGGUGAACGUGUUGUGCACAUUUUGGUCGCUGAAACUGCGCUGGGAGUGAGUCGUCAUUCUGCUUUACCCAACCUGUGAAUUGAGGAUUUCAGCCUUCAGUCAACGGGCUUUCCUCCAAUACUGCUGCACUGUUCAGAUGACCUCCACUUAAAUUUCUGGGACUUUGUUUCUUUUAAUGGCCAGUUAUUAAAGUGCAGUUAAAGCCAGCGCUUCAGCAAAGAGGGAUAUGGAGAAGACUCUUGCUGUCUUACAAGCACAAAUGGUUAUCUAGAUGAAGUAGAAGAGACUAUAAGAAAGAGCAAGCUUGCUAGCACUACUUAAAAGGAAUCCAAACCUUAUUUGAAGACCUUAAUUUAUUUUGGAUUAGGCUUCCCAUGGCAUGUGAACUAGAAGAUAAUUUGAAAUAGAAGACCUUUAUUUUGAAGUGACAGUCUUUAUCAAAAUGGUUGGAAAACUCAAACAGAACUUGCUAUUAGCAUGUCUGGUGAUCAGUUCAGUGACAGUGUUUUAUUUGGGCCAACACGCUAUGGAGUGUCACCAUCGAAUAGAAGAACGCAGUCAGCCUGUGAGGAUGGAAAGUGUGAGAAGCACAGUAAGAACUGCUUCCAAUGUAAAUGCAAGCAAAACCUUUGCUUACAACAAAGACAUGCCUUUAAUAUUUAUUGGAGGAGUUCCUCGAAGUGGCACUACCUUAAUGCGUGCCAUGCUUGAUGCCCAUCCGGAUAUUCGAUGUGGAGAAGAGACAAGGGUAAUCCCACGAAUUCUGGCAGUUAAGCAGAUGUGGGCUAGAUCAAGCAAAGAGAAGAUCCGACUGGAUGAAGCUGGAGUCACAGAUGAGGUUCUGGACUCAGCCAUGCAAGCAUUUUUAUUGGAAAUCAUUGUCAAACAUGGGGAGCCUGCUCCAUAUUUGUGUAACAAAGAUCCUUUUGCUUUAAAAUCCUUAACUUAUCUUGCUAGAAUUUUCCCCAAUGCCAGAUUUCUUCUAAUGGUACGGGAUGGUCGUGCAUCAGUGCAUUCCAUGAUAUCUAGAAAAGUGACAAUAGCUGGAUUUGACCUGAACAGCUACAGGGACUGCUUGACCAAGUGGAAUCGUGCUAUAGAAACUAUGUAUAACCAAUGUAUGGAGGUUGGUUUUGAAAGGUGUAUGCUGGUACAUUACGAACAACUUGUAUUGCAUCCUGAAAGAUGGAUGAGAACUCUCUUAAAGUUUCUUCGCAUCCCGUGGAACCAGGCAGUGCUGCACCAUGAAGAAAUGAUUGGAAAAGCAGGGGGUGUUUCUCUUUCAAAGGUUGAAAGAUCUACUGACCAAGUAAUCAAGCCAGUCAAUGUGGAAGCACUGUCAAAGUGGGUUGGGAAGAUACCUGCUGAUGUUCUGCAGGAUAUGCCUGUGAUUGCACCCAUGCUAGCAAAACUGGGCUAUGAUCCAUAUGCCAAUCCACCAAAUUAUGGAAAGCCAGAUCAAAAAGUUGUGGAAAACACGAGGAGGGUCUAUAAAGGUGAAUUUCAGCUUCCUGACUUUCUUAAAGAAGUGCCACAGCCAAAGAAGACAGUAGAAAGGAAGUCUCGUGUCAAGAUAAAAUGAACAUGGAUCAGUAAAGUCGAAUAGCUGUAGUACUGAACCUAUGGAAUAGAAGAUACAACGGAUAUUUCUUGCACAGAAGAAAAAAAAGACUGCUGCCUUUUCAGUGGAAACGAUCUUACAAGGACUGUCCCACUGAGAUCAGUGAGGUGUACUGCUCAUGGCCUGCUUUUUUCAGAAUUUUCUUCCCCAUUUAUUUCAUACUGUUUUUGUUCAAAAUUUUGCUGUUGUGAGAGCAUGUAAACCUGUUUAAAAAAAACACUGAUGUUAAUGUAGAACUGUAUUACAUUCGCACAACUAUUUUUUUAAGGUUUUAAAAAAUGCAAAGCAAUGCUUGACUCCAAACUUGCUAUUCUGUCGUGAUUACAAAACUCCAUGUUCAAAGAUUCAUUUUCUUUUUUUUCCCCGUAGCAGUUUGGUUUUAAACAUAUGAUGCUUUCAAAAGAGUGGUCUGUGCUUGUCCUAAAAGAUUUUUUUGGUGGAACAGUUGUCUUAUUCACAUGUGGAAAUUGUUAAAUAUCUUAUUUAAAAAAAAAGUUGAUAAAUUACAUGUACAAUUAAAAUUCAAUGAUCUUUUGUAUUUUAUUUUUCAAAAUAAAUGCUUUAAAUGUGA